CAAUACCAAAAUUCAUUGCUUGAACUAGAGACAUCAGAAGGAUUUGAGUUGAGAAAUUGGUUUUCAUAUAGCAUCUUCAAUGAAGGUAUAAAGACUGGUGGGUAUAUCGAUGAUUUUUGGGUUAGAAAUGCGAACAUAAAAGAUGCUGAGGUUUCUGCAAGGAUUAGAGACAUAGAGGCAAAAAGAAUUGUUGCAGAUAAACAUUUACUUAUGAAUGAAAGAUCUAGAAAUAUAUUGAAUGAGACCAUAGAAGAACAUAAUAAAGCAUCUGAAGCUUUGUCUGACUUUGCAAAUGUUGAAUACAAUGCCAGGAAGAAAAGAAAACAGAAUCACCAGUCAGAUAGAUAUACUUCGCCAUUGCCACCGAGCCCAAAAUUAAGAAAUUUGCCAAUAGAACUCUCAAAUCCUCCGUCACAGAAAAACAACGUAUAUAAGAAUUGUAAUGACCUCAUUCGCCUUGGUAUCUUCAUGAAAGAUUCUUUGGAUUCAGCUAUAGACAAAGGCGCAGAUAUAAAAAUAAUAGGCUUUCAGUGUAUCGGUUUUAAACUUGAUUUUUACAUUAUGGAUCUUACUCAUGGUAUAUAUACUAUGGUUCACUUUGGGCAAGUGAUGUUUCCAGCUUCGAUUAAAGAAAUGGCAGCUUUUGUUGAUGAAAUGGAAACGCUUCUACGAAUACAAGAGAUCUUUUACGAAUCAUUUAAUAUUUUAUAUGCUAAACUCUGUGCUCCAAGUCCGCCAUCAAACAAAUUGACACUCAAAAAGAACACACUGUGUACUCCGAAGUUUAGGAAACUUGUGAAUAAGACUCGGGAUUGUAAUCGAAGCUGUCCAUUCUGGUUUAGACGUUUCUAA